AUGGUGAAAGACCAGGUAAAGGUAAAGGAACAGGUAAAGGUAAAAGAUCAGAGCCACCGUUUUAAGGAUCACUUUGAAAAGUACGUUCGACCAGGUGAAGGACCACGUAAAGGAAAAAAACCUGGUAAAGGUAAAAGACCAAGUAAAGGUAAGGGACCGAGUAAAGGUAAAAAACUGGGUAAAAGUAAAGCACCAGGUAAAUGUAAAGGAUCAGGAGAAGGUAAAAUAUUAGGUAUAUGUAAAAGAUCAGAUAAAGGUAAAGGAUCAGGUAAAUGUGAAAGACCAGGUAAAGGAAAAAUAUCAGGUGAAGGUAAAGAACCAAGUGAAGGUAAAGAACCAAGUAAAGGUAAAAAAACAGGUAAAGAUAAAGGACCGGGUAAAGGUAAAGAACUGGGUAAAGGUAAAAGAUCAAGUGAAUGUAAAGGAUCAGAUGAAGAUAAAAUAUCAGGUAAAAGUAAAAGAUCAGGUAAAAGUAAAGGAUCAGGUAAAAGUAAAGGACCAGGUAAAGGUAAAAGACCAGGUAAAGGUAAAAGACCAGGUGAAUGGAAUAUACCAAGUAAAGGUAAAAUAUCAGUUAAAAGUAAAGUACCAGGUGAUGGUGGAGUCCAGGCAAAGGUGAUGGACCAGGUACAAGUUUUGUGUAAAAUAUAUGAUUUAUAA